AAUUAUCACCAAUUUUGUUAAUUUUGUUUUGCAAAUAUGUUAAUUAUCACUAAUAAAAACUAAUGAGUGAAUUAUAACCACCAUUUAAUUGUGUUAAUUUUGUUAAUAAUUGCAAUUUCGUUAAUUAUUUUGUGAAUUAACAUCCAGUUAUAAUCACCAGUCAAUUUUGUUAAAUAUUUUGUGAAUCAACCAUCAGUUAUUUUGUUAAUAAUGUUCAAGCAUGUUGUUACUCUGGUUGUGUGCUGUUAUUAUUGCAAAUUCAUGACCGAAAUAUCAACAGACACCGUGGGAUUUACAUUGAACGUAAUGGGUAGAGGUACGAAUAAUGAUCAAAGUAGUACAAGAUCAAUUGUACAAGGUUCAUACAUAUGGAGACAGUGUGAUGAGGAUCUUCACAUUAUGUGACCUGUCCGGUCGUUGUUGUUUAUGGAGGGAUCAACAGGAAAAGUUUUGUUGCUUAAAUAUGACAGUCUGAGUUCUGGUGAACUACUGUUCAUUUGGAACAUAAAUUUCAAGUCUGGUACUAGUACCUGUAAUCCUGGACUUAUUCAUGUUCAAAGGUAUAUUAAGAGUCUAGUUCUGCCUUUUCUAACUGAAGAUGAUGAUCGAGGCAAUCAAGUAAACCAUAACAACUGCUAUAAAUUCUCUAUCAUUGUGUUUUUCUAGUAUGUCACAGAACCUGAACAUGAAAAAAUAGUCUGACCGUUUCAUUGGUAAUGGAAUCAAGUUCGGUCCGUCGCUAAUCCAGCAGCUUGCAUAUCAGUUUGCUUGUUACAUUUUCUAAGUGUUUGUUGAACUAUAUAGAAAUAUCUUCUAUUCAGUUAACCCUUAUUGGCAAAAGUCUAGAAUCAGCAACAAAAACAAAUCUUUAUUCAUUCAUAUCGGAUGUAUGCUUAACAAGCAACUGAUUAUUUAUGCGUGACAAAAGCACUGCUACAAGUACAAUGUAAGAUUUUGGUGGCUCUUAUUCAGCUGAACUAUGAACUUAUGAAAUAUAACUGCUAACUUAUUUGUAACUUAUUCUGUGAGACCUCAGCUCGGUGCGAUAGCAGACGUUAUUUAUUUGCAUUGAACCGUGUAUUAUGCAGAAAGUAACUCCACUUGCUGACAACCACAUGCGGUCGACAGACCCUUCAACUUUAGCUUAAACAUGUCAUGGUUCAACGAACACUGCAGUUGAUUUAGGAGGUAUAGUAAAGCAUCCAGUAGAAGGCUCAUACUUUGAUUCCUUAACAAUCGUGUCCCCUGACGUUGACUGGAGAAGAGAACAACAAAGCAUUAGAGUGAUAUAGAGAGAGUGAUGAGGAUUAUUAUUAUGUUUUAGUUCUAGUUCACAGAGAGAGUCAUCAUUACUCGUUAUAACUGGAUUUCUUGCCAAAGGUUCAUACAAGAUUACAUGGAUUAAGAGAUACAAAUUUGUUAGUGUUGUCUGAUGUCCGGAGUUUUGUACUUAAGUGCAUACGACACUAAGAGUUCUAGUUAUUUAAAUUAGAGGUGGGAAAAUGGGUUGGUUCUAAUAUGGAUUGGUUUCAGGCUUUUGGCUCAUUUGGUCUGUGUUAUAUUUGUGUUUCAUGGGUCAAUUUAUGGCCGGACACAUUCAGAUAUUUUGAUAAUCACAUUUUUAAGAAAAAACUAACAUUAGUUAUAUUAUUAACUUCUAGGUCAGGACAAUUUGGUUCAGGUAAAUGUGAACAAGAAAAUGAGAAAAAGAGGCAGUAUCUGUUACCUGUACUGGAUGCAGCUGUAGGGAUUUAGCUCGCAGAUCUGGGUUAACAAAUUUGGUUUCAGUAGGCUGAACAUUGAUUAUUACAACAAUGUACUGGAACCUGUAAAAACAAAGAAAAUAAGAUAUUGUUCUUCCAAUCUAUCAAAUGUUAGCAGCUGACACGAUUUAUAAACUGCCACUAGAGAGAAGCGCAAGUGUAUCAUAAAAUUACUUGGGAUCCAUCUGUGACAAGCCAGGGGCUCCCGCAUGACCAUCUUCAAUGCUCAUAGCUAUAAGCCCAGGAAUCCAAGAUGGAACAUUAUUGUGGAAUCGUACUCGAUGCUGAUAUACAUCAACAAUUAUGCUCACACCAGUGUCAAAUGGUAUAGAAGCAUGGAGAAUCUUGGAAGAUUUAAACCAUCAGAUUGACCUAGUCUUGACUGAGGUAGUCACGUCCGGACUAUCUGGUAUUGGUCUUCUGUCCAAGAUAAUGAGUCACAACAGCUGCCAGAAUACUCCUGUCAUUAUGAUGUCAUCUCUUGAUUCAACUAGUUUAGUCUUAAAAUGCUUGUCCAAGGGUGCUGCUGACUUUCUGGCAAAGCCUAUAAGGAAAAAUGAACUUAAAAACCUUUGGCAGCAUGUAUGGAGGAGAUGCCACAGUUCUAGUGGUAGCAAUGGUGACAGCUGCAUACGGAAUGAAAAAUCUAUUGGUGCCAAAUGCGCUGAUGAGUCGAACAAUGACACUGGCAGCAACAACGAAAAUGACAAAAGAAGUAUUGGUUUACAAGCUAAGGAUGGAAGUGACAAUGGAAGUGGCACUCAGAUCAAUUGCGUUGGAAAAUGGAUGAAUCGCAAUGGCUAUUCAAACACCGAUUGCUGUCUCUCUUCCAUCCAACAAUCCCUGCCUUCGUUGGUAUGAGAAAGAUAAGAUGAAAUGGAUUAUUACAAUUGUGCUAGCUGGAAAUUCUAGAAUGCUUGAGCAAUUGCGUACGUGUUGGCUUAAAGAGCAUUGACAAAACGAAAGAGAAACUCUGGAGAAACCUAGAUUUGUAAAGCUUAGCUCUCAUAAUUGAGUGCCCUGAUCUUGGAAAUGCACGCAUUGUAGUGACUGGAGGUUGAGGUUUAAACAGUUCCGAGAACUUCAAGAUGAUGGAGAAGCUGGCUGAGAAACUUGAUAUAAAUGCAUAAAUCUGGUAAUUGUUAUGGAGAAAGUUGGUGGUCGAGGUUUAAAAACUUCCAGGAAUUUCAAGAUGAUCGAGAAGCUUACUGGGAAACUUGAUGCAGCAGUUAAAGCUUUACGUGGUGUUGUUGUUGCAGGAUACAUUUCCAAUGAACUACAGUCUGAAACCAAGCAUGCUCGGGGUAAUAGUCGGAUGAAUGAGCCCCUGGUUGCUCGCUCGUGCCUGUUUGGUCUUAUGCUUGUUUGGAAGAGCUUCUCGGAUAUCGAAGUACGAGAUGCGUUGCUCUGUAUUGAAAAACUUUUUUUUGUUUUACUCAAGGUGCUUGUGCCCACAUUAGUAAUAUGCAUUAUUGUCGCUUUAGGAUCUUGUCACAGUUAUGCAGACCUUAAAGUUUUUUUUCUACUUUUUUUUUAAAGAAUAAUGUAAGAUUUUCUUUUUUGUUAAUAGUAUGAAUUAUUAUGAAAUUA